AUGAGCUCCCACAUUCGUCAGAAUUAUUCUACCGAAGUGGAGGCUGCCGUCAACCGCCUGGUCAACUUGUACCUACGGGCCUCUUACACCUACCUCUCUCUGGGCUUCUAUUUCAACCGCGAUGAUGUGGCUCUGGAGGGCGUAUGCCACUUCUUCUGCGAGUUGGCGGAGGAGAAGGGCGAAUGUGCCAAGUGUCUCUUGAAGAUGCAAAACCAGCAUGGUGACCACGCCCUCUUCCAGGACUUGCAGAAGCCGUCCCAAGAUGAGUGGGGUACAACCCUGGAUGCCAUGAAAGCCGCCAUUGUCCUGGAGAAGAGCCUGAACCAGGCCCUUUUGGAUCUGCAUGCCCUGGGUUCUGCCCACGCAGACCCCCAUCUCUGUGACUUCUUGGAGAGCCACUUCCUAGACGAGGAGGUGAAACUCAUCAAGAAGAUGGGCGACAAUCUCACCAACAUCCAGAGGCUCGUUGGCCCCCAAGCUGGGCUGGGCAAGUGUCUCUUUGAAAGGCUCACCCUCAAGCAUGACUAG